AGAUGUGCCUUAACAGGAAGUCAAUAUAUUUGAUUCACGUUGUAGCCCAUGCGUGCUUUCACGUUGGCACGUGAACGCACCUCUAGCGGAGAAGUAUUUUCCCCUUUAUAAAAAGUGACAUAAAUUCACAGAUUUUAUCUAACAACAAUGGGCGGACAAGCAAAAUCUAAAAAGAAAAACAAAGCUAAGAGAAAAGACACUAAACCAACUGGAGGUGCCUUGAUGUCACCACAGGAGAGAAUGAAAGCCAAGAUGCAGGAAAGAGCCAAAAAGAAAACAGCUGGAAAAUACACAACUGAUCAACUAAUUGAAAAGACUAAAGAGUGUAUAGACAACUUUGACUUUGACAUGGCCAGGCUGUACUGUCAGCGAGCGCUGGAUAUUGAACCCACUAACCUGACCCUCCUGGACAUGAUGGGGAACAUCUGCACUGAGCUGGGAGAUAUAGAGAAAGCUAAACAGGUGUAUCUGAAGGCUGUGGAGCUCAGUCCAGAGGAGGGCCACAGUAAGUACAUGUACCUGGGGCAGAUUCACACAGGUAUAGAGGCUAUACAAUACUUCAGUAAAGGAACUGAGGUCAUGCUCAACGUCAUGGACAAACACACCAAUGAGGCUAGUGCAUUUGGAGCGGCUGCAUUGCCAUCUGUCUGUGCCGUCUCAAAGAAGGACAUGUCUGUGGCCUUCUGUUCCAUCGCUGAGAUCUUCUUCACAGAUCUCUGCAUGGAGGAGGGCGCUGCUGACCGUUGCAGAGAGGCCAUCGACAAAGCUUUACAGUACGACGAGCACAACCCUGAAGCUCUGCAGCUGAUGGCCAGCUACCUGUUCAGCAUCGAGAAAACUGAGGAGGGGCGUGAGUACCUGAAGAAGAGCGUGUCGUCAUGGUUACCUAGCCUACAGAAAGAGGAAGAGUCAUUGGCGAGCACAGAGCAUGACAUGGAGGAGGAAGAAGAUCAGAAUAAGAGCAACAUCCUGCCUUAUGAAUCCAGAAUAACAACAGCCAAACUGCUGAUCGAGGCCGAAGAAUAUGAGAUGGCCACAGAGGUGUUGGAGGAUCUUCUGGAGGAGGAUGAUGAGGUUGUGGAGGUGUGGUAUCUGUUGGGAUGGCUGUUUUAUUUGCAGCUGGACAAACAAGACUUGACAAACAACGGUGUGAACUUCAGAAAAUCAGCUUGGACGUACCUUAGCAAGGCCAAAAAGCUCUAUGUGAAGCUGUGCUGUGAGGACGCACCCAUGUUUGAGCAUACGGAGCAGCUGUUAGCAGAGCUGGGUGGUGAAGAGCAUGGGGCUGAUGAUGAUGAUGAAGCUGGACCAUCUGUAGACAACAUUGAGGAUGAUUUUAUUCAAAGCAGUGAUGAAGAAGAUGAUGCCAUGGAUCACUGACUCAACGUUUUUCACUUGUUUGUUCUAAUUGUCAUCCAUGGACUCGUCCAAUCAGAAUAUUAAACUGAAAGCAGAUGGCUGAUCUUCACAGUUUCCUUCAUCUUCUGUCUCUCUACCAGUUACUUUUCUUCUCCCCUUCUAUUCCAGUUUGAUAUGUCUGACUAAAGCUGGGAUGUAUUUUCUGUUUGCCUUGUUUUUUUGCAUGCUGAGACUGCGAACCAUCAGGACAUCUGUCACAAUGAUCUGGACACUGAUCAAGAUGGUGUUUCAUUUAUUUUUUACUGUUUUAUAAAUGUUACAA